AUGUUUGCAUCUGGCGCCAGUGCAAGCCGUCCAGCGUGCGGUAGAUGCUCGCAGGACCCAUUGACGGCGCAGACGUGCGAUGGAGAGUACCCUUGCUUGGCCUGCGCCCAGACCGGCUCACCUUGCCGCUACCCUCCUCCUCCUUCCCUCAACUCAGCUUGGACGAGCGCGGCGGACGACACGGUGCAGAGGUGGUCGGAAUCGAUGACGCUGGUCCCUGGGAUGGAUGUCGAAUUGCGCCUGAGUGUCCAGCGAGACGAUGAAGGAGAGUCGACGGGGUUUCGAGGCGAGACGAUGGUUGCCCAGCACGAAGACUUGAGGCUGCAUGUCAAACGCGGCAGCGGGUCGCAGCUUUUCCCCGCGACUGUGGACGACCGAGACGAAGCAGAAACGGUCGACCUCACUGGCGAUCCCUUUCGCUACAAUCCUGAUGGAACGAUUCUCCGCCAACUGCACGCCAACUUGCCGAACGACCCUCUCCACCCCGCCAUUCACCUGAACGCUGUCCUGCGCAGUCGUCCACCUCGCACCACUUCUCGCAUCCUCUCCACCUUCGAGCCGACGAACCCGAAUUUGGGUAACGCGAUCGCCGCACUCGAGGUUCCGCUCGACCAAGGUGUCGGGACGAGCACAAGCGUUGCCUGGCGGACAGCCGACAAGGCCGGCGGUCGAGCUACAGGAGUUGGAUGGGGCACGUUUACCCCGGCACCUCGACCUCAGCAGUCGGCGAAAGGGAAAGGACGAGCCGGUGAUGCGGAGGAUGCGGAACCGGCUGGCAUCGCCUUCGCUCCCUCGCAUGCUCCGCUUUUCUCCGCAACUUCGCCGAUCCAACAGCUUCAGCUCGCGCCACUCUCGACUACACCCACAGUAUUGCUCGCUGUCCGAUCUCUCACCUCCCUGGACCUCCUCCACCUUCAUCCGCAUCCGCCAGAUCCACCUUCUCCCCAUCUUUCCCCCGUCCUCUCACGCUUCACUUACACAGCCCUGGACUUUGGCCGUCGACCGAUUGCAGACGUCGCUUUCGGCGGGAAUACGCCUUACGAUGGCGGACCCGGUUCGGGUCUCGUCGUCGAUACAGAAGGCAGUCUGUUUGGCUGGGGCUUGGGAGUACGUGGGUCCGGCCGGAUAGGUGACACGGAUUGGAACGGCGGACGGCCAGAGGUCUUUCGUUUACGGCGUGGGAGGAAGAAGGGGAUUGGCGAUUACAGCGGGAUGGCGAGGGUUGAAUGGGGCGGUGCGAGAGGGAGCGAUGCGGUCGUUGCGUUGCAGGAUGAGGUACUGCUGUAUGAUCUACGAUCCCCGUCCGCUUCCCUCACCCUGCUCGACAAAGACCUUCUCUCCCUUCACCUUCCCUUCGGCGAUACCUCGCCCGCUCUCGUCACCUCCCUCCUACAGUCCUCCCCGCGCUCCGAAGCCUUCGCCCCGCCUACCAGCCUUCACGUCAUCUGCACGACCCGCGACCUUCUCUGGCUCGACGAGCGGAUGCCUGGUCGCGAGGUCCUGCGACGCCAGCACGGUCGCGUGGGGAUCGAGGGCAAGGGUUCCGGCUAUACCCUCUCACUCCUCGAGUUUCCUCCUCACGCCAACGACGCACCCUCGACCCAGCGAAUCGCUCUACACUCUCGCCUUCAUCCUCAAAUUGAGGUCUUGACGACCGACGCCAGUCCGACCGAUGCUCCACGCUCGGUGCUCGACCCGUACUUCAUCCACAACCCGCCGCCCUCGCCAUCUUUCGUUCGAGCCGGACUGUCCAUCUUGCCGACUCCGACUCCAAGUCCCGCUUCGGCCAAUGACGGCGCACAGCCUGCGGAGGAUUGUAUGGACGUCGACGGUUCCGACUCGGAUGACGAAGACCUGCAAGCGCCCGCACAGAGACGUCGGCUCGAAGGUUCCGCCCGCCCGCCACGGAGCUGGCAGGUUCUGGAGGUCGGCACUCGAGGCGAUGUCCAUGCGUUUGAGCUAUCGUCAGCGUUUGAAACUACCGGCGACGGCGAAGCGGAAGUCAGACGGGUCUGGAGCGAGGAUGUGCAGAUGCUCGCGGACGAGGCGGAAGAGGCCCGGCGCCGUCAGCUCCCUCAGGAUCGACCAAGCGAGUCUCAGCUACGCUCUUGUCGCGUCGUUCAGCUUCGCGACAUGCUGCAGGCGUCGGUGCUCGGGGGUUCUGCGCAUGCCGAAAGGGAGGGUGAGGAGGAGGCGCCUGACAAGGUGCUCGACGAGGCUGGACGACUCUUAGGUGACUGUAUGGCAACGAAUGUCGAAGGAGACGUCGGAGGCUUGACAGGCUUCGAACUGAUCCGCCUCGCGCGCCUCAAGCUCGACUCAACCAAUCGAACUCAAUCGUCCGAGUCUCUCUCGCCGACUGUUGGACCUCUUCCUCGCCAGAGCGCCUACACAUCAUCCGCUCGCAACCCUGCCAACCCCUUCCCGCUCGCCGACAGUCUCGCAAGUCUCGCGACAGCCCAUAUCGACCUGCACGAGCGAGGACGCCAGCAGCAGUUCUCCUGUCAACUCCCGACAACCUCGCUAGCAUUGGAGGAAGACGAGGAUGGCGAGCGAAAGGCGGACUGUCACGAGACGAGCCUUCGUCGAGACCUCUGGACGGGCUUGCAGGUCCUGCUGCCUCGCUCAGUCGAGCCCGACGAGCCGACACUUGCCCCAAAUCAGCCUCAGCCGGCGACUGAAGACCAGCCGCCCCUCCACUUCUCCUACCUCCGGCCCCGUCAAGGCGAUGCCGACUCCGACGAGGACGCCCCUGCACCGAGGCGAGGGCGCAAGAGGAAACCUCGAAAGCGUCGAGCUGCGCCGUCUCUCGAAGCACUCGGCGCGCGCCUUCUCGCUGGCGAAUGGCAUGUCGGCGCCGAUCCUCGCUCGUACGCCUGGCACAACCCGUACGAGGGCGAGAAGAACAAGGACGACGUCUACUCGCAGUCGCAAAGGAGUCCGUCGAAGCGCGGCCGUAAGGCUCGCAAGCGCGAGGGAACCGCUUUCGACCCUGCCCCGCCCUCCAGCUCGCAACCCUUCCCUGCCGAUUUCGGCGCCGCCUUCCCUUCGUCUUCGCCUUUACCUGCAUCUUCUCAAGCAUACUUCCCCUCCCUCGCCCCACCGCGCGUCCCACCGACCAUCCCAGAGGAGCCGCGGCCUCCUGCCUCGUCGCAGGACUGGACGCAACUCGCCGCAACGCAGCCCGCCAUCUCGAUCGACGGUCCGUCCGACUCGCAGACGCAGUCUUUGGGCUUCGGCGGAGCGGCAUCGCAGGUGGUGCCGGGCAGCUUUGGCUCGCGCCUCGCCGUCGGAGCGAAGGCGAAGGACAAGAAGAAGGGAAAGAAGCGCACCGCCGGCUUCUGA